AUGGGGCUUUGUUCAAACCUUGGCUCAGCACCAGGCUCUGGGCUCUGUUUGGUCAUCCAGGAAGGAAAGAUGUGGUACACUGCUCUAGAGCCCAAGCAGGACCCAGAGCCCAAGCAGGACCCAGAGCCCAGGCCAGACCCAGAGCCCAAGCCAGAGCCAGAGCCCAAGCAAGACCCAGAGCCCAAGCAGGACCCAGAGCCCAAGCAGGACCCAGAGCCCAAGCCAGACCCAGAGCCCAAGCCAGAGCCAAAGCCUAAGCCAGGCUCAGAAACUAAGCCAGAACCAGAGCCCAAGCCAGAGCCAGAGCCAGAGCCUAAGCCGGACUCAGAGCCUAAGCCGGACUCAGAGGCCAAGCCGGAACCAGAGACCCAGCCAGAGCCAGAGCCUAAGCCGGACUCGGAGGCCAAGAUGGAACCAGAGACCAAGCCAGAGCCAGAGCCGGAGCCUAAGCCGGACUCAGAGGCCAAGCCGGAACCAGAGCCCAAUUCAAAAGUCAAUCCACACAGUGCUCCCAGCGGGAUUCGAACCGGGGUUGGAGAGGUGGAAGGCGAGGAAAGAUAAUCACAACGCCAACCUUACCGGCCAAAGCAAGUCACUGUAUCAGACAUGGAUCAAAUCAAACUCCCAAAUGGCUUUUAUACAUUUAAAGUUAGGUACAAUUAUUGGAAGAGCCUGUUCUUAUAAUAUACUAACAUGUCCACAUAUUUUUGUUUAGUGGGUAUCUGGUGCUGUUUUCCCACAGUAGGCCUUGUCUAGGUCCAAGACGUCACCAUCUCAUACUCGUAACGUAACGCAGCGUGACGUAAUAACCCAACAUAGGGCGCACUUUUCUUCUUAAAUUCAUUUCGGUUGAUGACCCUGCUGGAAAUCAAACCAAGAAUAGACUUACGCAAAGCUAGCGGGGCGAUACAGCGCUAAAGUCCGAGAAGCAAUAUCCGGACAAUAAAUUCAGGGCAAUCUCCAAGAAGAAAAGGCAUUCACAUUUGAAUUAUUUACAUACUUUCUUAGAUAUAGUAAGACACUGUAAGAAAACAUCACUUCAGUAUUACCAAAGUGUUCCUUUUGCACGCACUGCAGUUGGUUGCAUCCAAGUUACAUGUAAAAGUUACCUCUUGUGAUCUUUAUCCCUCUCUUAAUAGUUAUGCAUGAGUGCGUCACAAUUCAAACCCAAAACGAGGCUAUAGGCGCAGCCACUGCAAGUGGAAUGACAACAAAACAACUGGAGCCACUUAUCCAGCACGGUUUGAACCUGCGA